CUCGGUGGUGCUCGAGCCCCGCGGCGGUUUGUGGCCGGUGUGUGUGUGUGUGUGUUUCUCUCUUCAGGAGGACGACUUACUUCCAAUUAUCCUCUCGCACACAACGAUUUUUCCUCCCGUUUUCAGAGUCCCCGGGAGCCGAGACCUCCACGGCCUACCGCGGGACCGUGUCACGGACUUUAUUCGCCCGCGAGUUUCUUUUCUGGGGAAUUUAUCGCGUCCCUCGGCGAGCUAAGCUAGGCAUCGAGCUCCCGAGCUAAUACUGGAUUUGCGCAAAUUCUCCGCGCACGAAAGUUGCACAGAGGAACAAAUAACUUCUUUCUCCCGGAUAAAUUCACUCGGAAUUACCUCUGAAGUCUUUUUCGGUCCGGAGGGCUUGAUGAGAAGAAGAUAAAGGCCACCGUUACCUCAGCGAAGCUAACGCGCUAAUAUGAAGUUAGCCAGCUAACGCUGUGGUACGCAAGAAAACACCCUCCGCGGGAGCGCUGUAUAACGCUUACAUGGUUUUGACAGUUAAAAGCUUGCAAAUGUCGGGCUGAUUAGGUUUUUGAGCUUUUGUUGUCGUAGUGAAACGUUUAUCUGUCUUGGGGAGUGGUGGCUUGACGAUAUGUCCUGCAUACUUCAUCCAAACCCACUCGCGAUAUUAAUCUUCAUUAGGGUUUAACAUUUGCAUCAGUGCCCGUUAAUACAGAAGUCGUUGCCUGUUAAUCUAGAAACGCAUGUCACACGGCGAGCAGUCUUAUUUCUGCGGGGAGUAUAGAUUAGCUGGUCCAACAGGUUACUAACGUUAUAUAUUAGCGUUACUGGCUUGUUUUUUUGAUCAGGCCUAUGGUUGUGAAGGGGGAUGAGGAUGAAUUGUGUAGGGAACGAGGUGUAACGGGUCAAGUUGUGGACUGUCAUCUUAAAAAACUGAUUUGUAUGGAAUUGGGCAGCUGGUUUGGCAUCAUGGGGGUCUCGCAAGGGGUCAUGAAGUCGUCUACAUAGUGUCUAACUAGUCAUUUCGACGUUAUGUAGUCGGUCAGCAGGAGAGCUCUGUCUUUUCUUAAAGUUUUUCGUGUUGCUAUGUGCGUUGUUCUCCUGCUAAUUCGUUAAAAAGAUCGGAGAGUUGGAGCAAAGGGCCAGUCUGGAUCAAGAAACCCUGUCUUUCGUCUCUGGUUGGAGUAGCACUCCCAAGCCAUCCUCAAUGCCUUCAGCGCUGGCCGUGUUCACCUGCCGCCCGAAUUCCCACCCGUUUCAGGAACGCCACGUCUACCUGGAUGAGCCGGUCAAGAUCGGGCGCUCCGUGGCCCGGUGUCGCCCUGCCCAGAACAACGCCACCUUCGACUGCAAGGUGUUGUCCAGGAAUCACGCUCUGGUGUGGUUCGACCACAAGACAGGAAAGUUCUAUCUGCAGGACACCAAAAGCAGCAAUGGCACCUUCAUCAACAGCCAGCGUCUGAGCCGAGGGUCGGAGGAGAGUCCUCCCUGUGAGGUGCUCUCCGGGGACAUCAUUCAGUUUGGGGUGGAUGUGACGGAGAACACCCGGAAAGUCACUCAUGGCUGUAUAGUGUCGACCAUCAAGCUCUUCUUACCAGAUGGCAUGGAAGCUCGGCGGCGAUCAGAUGUUGUUCCAGCACCGCUGCCACUGGCUAUUGAUAAGGUGUCCGCAAAUACCCCCAGCAUGUAUUCUCAGGAACUGUUUCAGCUCUCCCAGUACCUGCAGGAGGCCUUACACAGAGAGCAGAUGCUGGAGCAGAAGCUGGCCACUUUACAGAGGCUGCUGGCCAGCACACAGGAAGCAUCAGAGAGCAGCUGGCAGGCUUUAAUCGAUGAAGACCGGUUGCUCUCUAGAUUGGAGGUGAUGGGGAAUCAGUUGCAAGCAUAUUCGAAAAACCAAACAGAAGACGGUAUCCGAAAGGAGCUUGUAGCCUUAACGGAGGACAAACACAAUUACGAGACGACAGCCAAAGAGUCCCUGAGGCGGGUCCUUCAGGAGAAAAUCGAGGUGGUCAGGAAGCUGUCGGAGGUGGAGAGGAGUUUGAGUAACACAGAGGACGAGUGCACACACCUGAGAGAGAUGAACGAACGCACGCAAGAGGAGCUCAGAGAACUCGCCAACAAAUACAACGGAGCAGUCAAUGAAAUUAAGGAUCUCACCGAAAAGAUCAAGUUGGCAGAGGGCAAACAUGAGGAGCUCACUCAGAAAGGCCUGAGUGAGAAGAAAGAGCUACAGCUGAAGAUCGAAGAGAUGGAGGAGAAAGAGCAGGCGCUUCAAGCUCGAAUCGAAGCUCUGCAGGCGGACAACGACUUCACGAAUGAGAGACUAACGGCCCUGCAAGUCCGGUUAGAACAGCUGCAGGAGAAAAGCAUAAAGGAAAACAACAGUUUAGACCACUUUCUUUUAAAGAGUGGAGGAGACUGCACUUUAAUCCAACAGUACAUUGAGUGUCAAUCGGUGAGGCAGCUGAAGGAAGCGGUGGACUCAUCCAUUAACAAGCUGUCCAACUUUGACGAAGUCAUUGAUGCACAUCUUCAGAAUAACCAGACGACCGUGGACAACAGCUUGCCCAGUCCAGACAGGCUUAAAGAAAACCAAAUAGACGCUAAAGAGUGUGAUAUGUCAGAUACUCUGAGCCCCAGCAAGGACAAAAGCAGUGACGACACGUCAGACGGACAGAUGGAUGAACAAGAACUGAAUGAGCCCCAGAACAGGGUUUCUCUUCUGAAAGAAAUGGACAGGAACCUGGAAGCUGGAGACACUGAGCAGGUCAUUCCCCACCUCCACCGAGAGCUGCAGGAGGCCCAGGAGCUCGCCAACACCGGCAAACAGAAAUGCCUCGAGCUGCAAGCCCUGCUGGAGGAGGAGAGGAGAACCAACAGACAGCAGACUGAAGAAUCUGCUAAACAGAUCCGCUUCUUACAGACUCAACUGGCGAAGCUCCAGUCUGAUAUGGAGGCUUUGCGCGUGCAGAGAGAAAACACCAUCACCACCACCCGUGAGGAGCUCUACAACGCAGAGGAGAUCCUGGUGCUCCGGCACGCCAUGGAGGCCGCCACGCGAGCGCGAGAGAUCGCCGCCCUGCAGGGAGACCUGAGCGUCGUCACCGCCGAACUGGACAAGUGGAGACAGACGGCAGCCAAGUAUGAAGUGGAGAUCAGCAACCUGCAGGCCAGCUUCCAGCUCCAGAGCCAGCACCAGGAAAGAGCUAGUCGGCUCCAAGGUGAAUUGGAGAAGCUUCAGGGCGAGUGCUCCAGUCUGCAGAAUGAGUGUGACGGUCUGCGGGCCGAGAAGACGGCCCUGAAGCAGAAGCUCCACAGACUAGAGGAAGAGCUCGACAGCUCCAGAGAGAGCGCGACGUUGAGCAGCAACCUGAACGCUUUGGAGAAAUCAGGCGACCUGGAGAAUAAACUGGGCUCAAUACAAGACCAGCACCUGCAGGAUGCUAGCAAGCUGAAGAUCCAGCUGGCUCGCGAAGGUCGCACCAGAGACCUGCAGAAAGAGUACGACGACACUCAGAACCUGCUGUCAGAUCUGCGUCAGAGGUAUGAGCAGACGGAGCAGGAGAAACGCUCCAUCAACGACGAGCUUGAACAGUGCAAGGUCAACCUCAAACUCCUGCAGGAGAAGGGCAGCAAUAGCGGAUGGAUGCCCUGGAUGCCGGUGGUCGCCGCCGUGGUUGCCGUGACAGCAGUGGUGCUUUACCCCAACUUGUCCAAGAGCUCCUCUUGAGAACCAAUCAGAACACUCAUCUCUACCACUUCCUGUUCCCAGCACGACCCUCUGUCCAAUCCCAACGUUCGGCCUAAACCCCGAACGCGUUACCUCUCGUUUUCGACAAUAUGGCCCCACGUCUGUGUAAAAUGCAAAUGUAUAUAGUAUAGAAAGAAAGAGGGAAUAAAGUUGUAACGCAUAUUAUAGAAUAAAUAAUCUAUCGGCAUUUCUUUUGCUCACUCGGAUGGGAAUUUUGAUGAUUAAAAUGGCCUAAACUAGGUCUUCGCUUUCGUUUUCUUGAACGGGUGCCGCGUUUUCUCUUAGCAAGCUUUCGUUUUUUUCUGAUUGUGGUUUGCCAUCUCAGAUGUGGUACAGCCAAAUGAGGAUCUGAACUCUAGGGCACAGAGGGGCGAAGUGCCUACUUUAAAUACUACUAGGACUAGUUCACAUUCAAGUGCCACUCACGCAGCGUCUCAUCAAUUCGAACGCUUAAAAAAGUCGUCGUCUCAAUUUUCACGUCUGUGCUGUUAUUGUGCGUUCGAGCCGACAUGCUUCUAGCACAGUGAUGUCUCGUUCUCUGUGGCUGUUUCUCUUGUGUCAUGUAUUAUAAGCAAAACGUUCACGUCGGAGACACUACAAGCAUCCAGCUGAUUUUGAAAUUCGAUGUGUCAGGAUUGCGCUCGCGCCAAAAAGGAUUGUAGCUUUUUACCAAGACACUGUCCUGCUGUUCGGACUGAGAUGCGGAGCACUUUGAGUUCGUCUCCUACAGUACCUCCUGAUAAAGGCUCGGGGAUUUUGCUGCCUUACGUGUUACAUAGGUUACUUUUUACGGAGGAUGCGAAGAGUUUCAAAUGAAUGGGGAAGGUUUGUUCUCGGGCGAGGGCCAAUCGGUUCGAGGGAAGACGAAUUAACCAAUGAUGUGUUUGGUGUGUGGUUCACGUUUGUCUGCCGUGCUGUAAAUAAACCGUCGUGGAGCAAAAAAAAAAAGCCGUUUCAACGCGUCGAGGACUUCGUUUUUGCAUCUUUUCGUUUCGUUUCAGCCGCAACAGAAAUCCACCGAACGCUUCGACGUGGAUUCGACCGCGAAUGCAAAAAAAAAAAAAAAAGCAAAAAAAAAGCAAAGCUAGCACAGAAAAAGGAUAGCUUUAAACGGAUCUCUUGCAUCGAAAACGUUUUUGGGUUGUUUUUUUGGUCUUUAAGCAUGAGUUUUUUUAAUUUCCUAAAUCCGCUUGGGACAUCGUCCUACACGUCGGAAGAAUGCUCACAGGCCGUCUGUAAAUAUGUAUGUAUGAAUGUUUGUGUGUAAAUAUGUUAUAGUCACGAAAUAAACAUCGGAUAUAAAUGAUCUCGGUCACGUCUAAUUUGCUGCUGAAGCCGGUUUUUAGGAUAUGAUGCGUUGGCCGUUUCCUGUUCUUUAAAUUGAGAUGAAAGUCAAGUUUAGUUUAGUUUUGUAGAUGCGUUUCUACCUUCGUUUCGGCUCGGAAACAUGCAGUUCUUGCAAAAACAAAAUUAAAAUAUUGCUUUUAAGUUGUGGAACUCGUUAACGAUAGCAAAGAUUGGAAGGAAGGAGUAGACGUAAGUUUAAACGGGUCGUAGCUGAACCUAUCAAGGCUGGUUUUCUGCAAGCAUACAGUUUGUGUUUUGGUUUCUCUGUCGGUUGACAGCGGUGGAAUAAAGUUUCUCGCGUCUCGGCUAAACCUAGGCCUUUAUGGAAAAAGAUCUCUUUAAGCUGGUCACCAACCAAGUCCGUACAGUACAGCACACUGCCUGUAUAUAUUUUUAGUCCUAAAUAUUGCUUUCGAGGGGGUUUUUCUUGAACCGAGAGCUCGGAGUCACACUUUUUUUUUUUUUUGUUUGGUUUUGAACGUCAAAGAUAAGUUCAAUGUCGAAAUUAUAUUUUGUAAAGACAUACAACGAUAUAACGGUUUCUGGAAUACAGAAAGGGUAUUUGCACUAACAAGUGUGAUGUGCAUGACUUCAAUAAAACGACUUCACUUUC